GGGGACGUAUGUCAGCUCCGGCAACAGAUGGCGGCGGUGGCACGGACUAGAGCCAGCACGAAUCUGACGGGGUGCAGGCACCAAUAGGGGAGUCAAGACCAGUAACUAGACCUGUUUACCCAAUGAAGAACUGAAACCAGGCUUAGUCAACCUGAUGUCAUUGAGACUCUGGCCUAAAGUCUUGGAUGUUUCUCUCUACCUUCCUUUUCCAUUGGAGGCCGCAGAAACCACGGGCUAGAUUUGGCUAGGCGCCGACCCGGUUUGCGCGAUUACUUAGAACAUCUCGUGAAAUUAUUUUUGCCAGAAUCUGGCAGGUUUUUAAUCGUCGUCGACUUUGUAUUUUUUUUAGAUAACAUUUAUUUUUGCACUGUGUUUUUCCAUGUGGAAUAGAAAGUUAAAGAUACAUGCUAACUAGUCUGCUAGCCUGCUACAAUGCUAGUUAACUAACGUUACCUCGCAGCGAAACUAGCAUGUUGAAUGAAUGAAUGCAUUGGCGACUCCCUACAUUUAAUGAACAGCUAUUGGUUGAUAUUGCAAUAACACGAUUUACCGAUCUACAGCGGGGUGAAUCUGUGUUGUCCGGCUCCUUUGGCUGUUAAACUACACAACGGGACGUUACCCUCAAAUGGACAGGAACGCGAUUCCACGGAUUCGGCGGACAGCGGCGACUUAGCACGCUCACUUAGCACCGUGCUAAUAGCGCCGAAAGCCCGGUAAUGUUCACGAAGCUGUGGCGGGCUCAUUUUAGCUAGCAACACACCGCCGCACUACUCGUCCUCGGCUGCAAUAGUGUGAAGCCUACGCCCGCCUCGCGAUGGGAAACACCGUGUCAUGCUGCGUCUCCCCCGAGUCGAGCCCCAAGCUGCCGUCCAGGCAGCCGGCGGAGCGCCUGGAGGAGUUCCAGACCAGCACCGAAGUGAGCGAUGACAACACCGUGCCCUACCUGCAGCACAUCAGCGACAGAGAGGUCCCCGACGAGCUGGCCUCCGAGUCCAACCCGUCGGACCACGCCCGGGCCAGCACCAUCUUCCUCAGCAAGUCCCAGACCGACGUCCGGGACAAGAGGAAAAGCAACCACAUCAAUCAUAUCAGCCAUGUAUCGCCUGGUCCGCUGUCCAAGAAAUACAGCUCCUGCUCCACCAUCUUCAUCGACGACAACACCGUCAGCCAGCCAAACCUCAAAAGCACAAUCAAAUGUGUCACGUUAGCAAUAUACUACCACAUCAAAAACCGGGACUCCGACAGGUCGCUGGACAUCUUUGAUGAGAAGUUGCACCCUUUAUCAAAAGAGCCAGUGCCAGACGACUACUCCCACGUCGGCCCAGAACACAAACUCAUCUAUCGCUUUGUGAGAACGCUCUUCAGCGCCGCACAGCUCACUGCCGAGUGCGCCAUCGUCACCCUGGUGUACCUGGAACGCCUGCUGACCUACGCCGAGCUGGACAUCUGCCCCGCCAACUGGAAGCGCAUCGUCCUGGGGGCCAUCCUGUUGGCUUCCAAAGUGUGGGAUGACCAGGCGGUGUGGAACGUCGACUACUGCCAGAUCCUGAAAGACAUCACCGUGGAGGACAUGAAUGAGAUGGAGCGCCACUUCCUGGAGCUGCUCCAGUUCAAUAUCAACGUGCCGGCCAGCGUCUACGCCAAGUACUACUUUGAUCUGCGGCAGCUGGCGGACGACAACAACCUCAGCUUCCCCCUGGAGCCUCUCAACAACCAGCGCGCCCAGAAACUGGAGGCCAUUUCGAGACUUUGCGAAGACAAGUACAAGGACCUGAGUCGAGCAGCGAUGAGGCGAUCCAUCAGCGCCGACAACCUGAUCGGCAUACGCCGCUCCAACGCCGUGCUGUCGUAGGCCGGGCGGCAGCCGGGCCCCCCCGCGGAGCCGACCGGGGGUCCGUGCCAGCCGAGGGAUCCCGAAUAGUGUUUUCACAAACACCUUAUUUAUUUCUCACUCGACCCUUGUUGCUCUGUUGCAGUUAUCUGUGAGGGGGAAGGAGGUGUAGAGGGACGGGGGGGGGCUCUGGUCUUAGUACAUCAGCCCCCCCCCCCCCCUCCAAGGAAUAUUUGAAUUGUCCCACGCAGCCUGGUGUUAUUCUGUAUUUUACAUGUCAUCACCGAAUUUCACAAGACAACCAAAACCAAGAAUGUUGUUCUUUGAUUUUCCCGAACUGACUCUACUACUACUACUACUACUACUACUACUAGCACGACCACGUCUACUACUAUGACUACCACACUUUGUGUUCAACGUAAUGCAGGAACACUAUGGCCCUCUGAGUUCUGUCCGUCUGAGCACACCGAUGGUGCUCGAUGGUCGGAUCACUUCAAUGUUGGUUUUGGUGUCUUCGUGGAAUCGGUUGAUAAUAAAAUAUAGGACGAGACGGCGUUUUAACAUGCAAUCCCUUGUAAGUUAGAGUUCCUUUUUUUGAAGAGUUGGAGCAAACCAUGUACACACAGACAGGCGUGUCAGUAUUAAGCGAUCCAUGCGCCGGGAGGCGUCGGACCUUCAGUCAGUGAGUCGUUCACUGCUUGUCCCGGACCCCCGAGGCACAGCGCUGAAAUAAAAAAUAAACUACAUAGAUACCGAGGGGGGGGUCAGAGACGCUGGAGGAUGCUACUCUCCCCCUGCCCCCCUUUUUUUGCUUACUAUGUAGGCUACUUAGCUGUGAAAUGUGUCUUGUUUUUAAUUGAGCAAAAAAAAAAGUAUUUUAAAUAAACACUAAUCCUGUAUAACAAA